AUCCUUCCUUUGAAGACGUCCUGUUUCAAGGUUCUUGAUACACCACAGCCGUAAGUGGGAGAGGGAAUCAUCCACUAAUACACCAGCUACCAGGGACAUACUCACUGUAACCUAACUCAGAUUCCUGCUGAUCUCCUGACAUGAAGCUCAAUUUCCUUGUGUCCACUGUGGUUCUGCUUGUUGCUCUUCUACCGCGCUAUGAAUGUAGAGCUAUCGAAAGCCAGGGCGCUGUCCAGCAAGACCCUGGUCCCCAGUCUGAUCUACGGCAGCAGUCUCUUCCCGUAUUGGUGCGACUGGGAGAGGAAUAUUUCAUUCGUCUUGGCAACGCAAAUUCACCCAUGUCCACAACAGACGUGUCCUCCGAUGCGUCCUCAGCAACCAUCAACAGAGCUCUGCAGCUGCAGCUCACGCAUCGUCUUUUGCAGGGCAAAGUUGGCAACAUCAGCCGCCUUGUAAGCAGCUACGCGAACCAGCUUGAUGACUCGACGGAGAGAGGAAAGCGAUCCGAAGAGCCUCCCAUUUCGUUGGACCUGACAUUCCACCUGCUUAGAGAAGUAUUAGAAAUGGCUCGAGCUGAACAAUUAGCGCAACAGGCACAUAGCAACAGAAAAAUGAUGGAAAUCUUCGGGAAGUAAAUGUGAGAUGCAUCCAUUUGCCAAAGGAGGUUUUACAUCUAGCACAAGACACAAUAUUCUAUACCAUAGUGCUGCUUUUACAUUAUUUAUUAAUCUGAUUGAUUUUGUUAUUUAUUUUUUAUAGCUUUGAACCUCAACUGAAGAAAACAUAGCCUACUGAGGAAAUGCAUUUCGCUUGAUGGUAAUCAGAUUGUAACAUAAAUGCAAGAAAAAUGUCAUCAAUUUGUAUAACUGUUGUAACAGUGCGAAUACAAAACUGUAGCAUUUACAGAGAUCCUUUCACUUUCGUUCUUGAAAAAAAAGAAAAAAAAAAGAAUUAAUAUAUUUUGAGUAGAUUGUAGAAAAUCCAGUUUUCAAAAUGGCACUGGCUAUUCCAACACAGAAGGCUUCUCUGGACCUCAGUUUCACUGUACUUUACCUUGUUUAAAUUUAAUAAUAAACAUAAUAUGAGCAACCAGUCAUUUUUGUUGUGCAAGAGAAUGUCUAAUAUUUAUAUUUUUCAAUAAAAAGCUUGAAAGUAA